GUUGACUUCCACUUUAUCGAUCCUUUCUUGUAUUGUUAAAAUUACUCACUCUUUUUUAGAUCACUAGUAAAAAAUUGUUCUGAAAUACUGGUAGCCGUACAAGCGUUAUGGCGCACCGGAAACUGAGAUGUUUGAAACUCCUGCCUAUUGAAAGCAUAAGACUUUCACCUGUAGCUACUUUUGGGCAUUUUUAGCUGGACAAAUUCAGAACAACGAUAUCAGGAUGCCUGCCAAGAUAAAAGUUCGCAUUGUAGCUGCUCGAGAUCUCCCUGUAAUGGAUCGAUCGAGUGACUUAGCAGACGCCUUUGCAGAGGUUCGUCUUGGUAAUGUGCUGUAUAAGACAGAUGUGUGUAAGAAGUCACUCAAUCCUCAGUGGAACUCGGAGUGGUUCAGAUUUGAGGCUGAUGAUGAAGAGAUUCAAGAUGAACCUCUGCAGAUCAGAAUCAUGGACCAUGAUACUGUGACUGCCCAUGAUGCUAUUGGAAAGGUAAAUAUAAGUCUAGGUCCUCUGCUAACGCAAGAUCCACCAGGGAGUAUUGAUGGGUGGUUUCCAAUUUAUGACACAAUGCAUGGCAUUCGUGGGGAAGUGAGUGUUAUUGUUAAAGUGGAUUUUUUCGUUGACUCUAACAAGUUUCGACAGAGUUCAUGCGGUGUGCAGUUCUUCUAUACUUGUUCUGUCCCAUCUGGUCAUAAAGCUCUAGCUAUUCAUGGUUUUGUUGAGGAGCUGGUUGUUAAUGAUGAUCCAGAAUAUCAGUGGAUUGAUAAGAUCAGAACACCAAGAUCUUCUAAUGAAGCACGGCAGAGACUAUUUACCAAACUUUCAGGAGAACUGCAAAGAAAAAUCGGUCUUAAAGUUUUAGAGGCUGGAGGAAAUGCUGUUAUUGGUUAUCGGCAGUGUUUUGACCUGGAGGGUGAAUAUGGAAUUGUAGUGCGAGGUAUUGGGACUGCUGUGACACUAGCCAGUGUUCUUACUGCAGUGAGCGCCAAUUCACGCCCAUCAACACCUGUCCAUCCAUUAACUUCAUCAGGAGAAGUUGGUCCUGGAAGCCAUGUCUCAGACUCAGGGUUUAUCUUCCCAGAGACACAGCAAAGCUUACCAGUUCCAUCUACUAAAGUUGUGACUCCCUCCCGUCGCCGUGUUUCAUCUUCUGAUUCUGAUACAAUACCAGAUUCUCCCCCAAAAGACCGUGUCGCUCUUCUGGCAAGCAGUGCAGGAGUUGAUGGUAGUGGUAGUAGUGCGGGGGGAACUUCUUUUCCCAGAGCUAAGGGAAUUUGGCAGUCAGUCAUUCAAAAACAGAAAACUGUGGAAGAUCUGGAGUUUCCUUUCUUCACCAUCACAAAAUUCCCUCCUGGUUUCCUGAGGCACAUUGGUGGAGUUGUAACUGCAAGAUCUGUGAAGCUUCUGGACAAAAUCAAUCAUCCAGAUGAACCAGAAACUCGUGAUGCAUGGUGGAGUGAAGUGAGAAUGGAAAUUCGAUCUCAUGCCAGAGCUCUUGCCUGUCAUGCCGUGGUGGGAUAUUAUGAAGUUACUAGCAUAUGUGAUGAGCUGAUAGUGCUGUCAGCAUCAGGAACAGCAGCAUGUAUAGACCUACAACUGGCUACAGGAGAACCUACUGGAGUUGGUCUUGGCAUUCUCUCGCCUGUUGCAGAAAAAGGCUCAGCUGUACCAUCAGGUUUGGCAAGUCACACAGAAAAUGUAGACCCACUGCAAGUGGAUGUAGGUGAUCAUGAUGGGUUGACAUUUGGUGAUGAUCCCAUGUCUACUUCUCCUGGACCUGGCUGUUCAAUGUGCCACAUCCCUUAUUCUGAUGUAGACUUACCAUUUCCUAUAUCACUCACAAAAUGUCAAGUUUGUAGACUCAAGAAAGUUCCUGAUGUAAUAUUUGCCACAACUGAACCACCAGUUGAAUCACCCAUUGUUGGCAGAGGUUGUCUACUCCAGGCUCGUGUUUGUAGAACAAAAAAGAAAGAGAAAGGUGAAGCCAAUGCAGAUAUUGUUAGUACUAUCUUACCAUUUCUAGAGUAUGAACUUCACCAACAGCUGUUAAACAAACUUAAGGUUAAGGGGAUGAAUGCAUUGUUUAGACUUCAUCUUCAGAUAUCAGUAGGAGAGAGCCUGAUCAUUGGAACUGCAUCCUCUACUGCAGUUUUUCUGGCAGCUUUGCCUACACCACCAUUACUGAAGAUUACUGGACGGCGUCUAUCUGCUGAAGAAGAUAAAAGAAUUGCUGAGAUCCAGAAACAAAUUGUGGAAACAACCAACAAGAACAGGGCCACUUUCCAACUUACAGACACUGUGCAUUUACACACUCCUAAAGCAACACCACCUCCCAGUCCAUCACAGAAUGCUCAGUCUGUUCUUGUGGCUGAUAUAGACCUGGAUGAGGGUCCUAAGGCAGAGUUAGACUUGUGCACAGGGUCCAAGGAUGCAUAUGUUGUAGAGGUUGAUGACAAGAAGGAUGAAGAUGUGGUGGCUGUUUUGUUGGAUGAGCCAGCUCCUGAUGGGUGUUAUUCCUGCAAUACUGAAACACUACCUGGUGCAGUUCAUCUCAAAUCAGGAGUAAAGAUGAUAACAGCAGUUCAGAGAAAAGCACUGAGUGAUGAGGACAUAAGAACCAAUCAGCAGUUUGCCAAGUUGUUUGAAGACACAAUAAAGAGUUUCUGGUUCAAGCUUCGUAGCAGAUCUCCAUGCUGUCUCUCAAAUGUACAAUUUGAUAUUGAAAUACCAGAAGAUGACAAUAUUCAGGUGGCCGUAACAGGUGUGGCUGUUUCUAUAGGGGAAAGAGAUAGUGAUGAAGGACAUAUUUUGAAGUUAAAAAGAAACAUAUUAAGUGACAAAUCCCAUUCCCACUCUUUGCACUCUGAAAAUAUGAUGGAAUCUGAUGAUUUACUUUUUCCCAUUGAGGAGGUGGUGGACAAUGCAGCAGUGGAGAAACUAAAAUCAGAAUCAGAUCCCAUUUCCAAAAGACGGCUUGAUUAUCCUCUAUGUGUAAAAACAAAGCAGGCCCCAUAUCGCCCUGCAGUGGAGGUGACAUCAAUGUCCUACUUACCAAAUACACAAAUUGAAUGUUACCUUGGCAACAUCAACUUGUUCUUAAUAAGAGAAAGUCAUACAGUACGCGAGAAUGGUGGUUUAAAUGUAUUCAUGCAAGCAUUUGUUGCUGAGGCUCAAGCAAUUCUGAGAGCACAUGUCCUAGCCAUUGGAGGAAAUGCUCUGGUGUCCUACCAGUUAAAUGAAAUUGUUUUAUUGGAUAAUCCUCAUAAACAUCAGGGACAAUGCUUACUUAACAUAAGUGGCGAUGCUGUCAGGGUAUUUUAUGAGGAUGAAGACAUAUUGGAGACAUCAAGUCGAGGAACACCUCGUAAAAGAACUGUCUCAUACUCGGAAGCCAAUUCUCAAACACCAAUCCAUAUUGUACGGCAGCGAUCCGUCUCUGCCUCAGAAACUUCCACUAACACACUGAUAGCAUAUGAUCCAUGCUAUGGGACAGAAAUAUAGCACAUAAAGCCUUGUAAAUACCAAGCAAACUUAGAAGGGUGAAGUAGAGUUGGCUGGCUAAACAUUCUGUUGUGUUUGCUCCUGGAACUCUUGCAAGAUUAAAGGCUCUUGUGAGUCAGCUCAAGAAAUGUUUGGACUGGUGUACAAGACAGACAAUGGAGAAGAAAUGGCAGCUUUGGAGUACUGAGAGAGUUUGGCAGUAGUACCAUUUCAAUUUGAAAUAUAUUCAAAACUGGGCUAGCUUGCAACACAGAAGACUUUACAUGAAAAACGUAGAAAUUAGAGUUGUUUCUCUGGAACUGCCAUGCAUACAGCAGCAAAAUUAACCUAUUGACUCUGAAGCAUUUUGCCUGCUUUUGCACAAAUUAUGACUUUUAGGAAACCCCUUUUGGUUGUGACUUCAAAGAACAAUUAUUUAGAGCCCCUCCAGAUUUGUUGAUUAAAUUAAAAGUUAUUUGCAGGCAUUGAGAUGAUAGUUUCUUGUUAAGUAUCACAUGAUGAAAUCUCAAUAAAAUCAAGAUUAAAGAUGAA